AUGCACAACGUCGGCUUCACCUACCCCUCCAGGGACACCCCCACCUUCACCGGCGCCACCCUCCAGGUGUCGCUGUCGUCCCGCGUGGCCUGCGUCGGCCCCAACGGCGCGGGCAAGUCCACGCUGAUCAAGGUGCUCACGGGCGAGACCGAGCCCACAGAGGGCAGCUGCUGGAAGCACCCCAACCUGCGCAUCGCCUACGUUGCCCAGCACGCGUUCCACCACAUCGAGUCGCACCUCGACAAGACGCCCAACGAGUACAUCCAGUGGCGCUAUGCCGUGGGUGAGGACCGCGAGGCGCUGAAAAAGGUGACACGCCAGGAGACUGCCGAGGACAAGGCCGCGCGCGACAAGAUCCACGUCAUCGACGGCAUCAAGCUCAAGGUGGACAAGCUGCUGUCGCGCCGCAAGCUCAAGAAGGACUACGAGUACGAGGUCCAGUGGCAGGGCCAGGGCCCCGACACUGCGACGUGGCUGCCGCGCGACGACAUUGUGGAGAUGGGCUUUGAGCGCCUGGUGAACGAGCUGGACGCCAAGGAGGCCGCGCGCCAGGGCCUGAUGCUGCGCCCCCUCACCAAGGCCAACGUGGAGAAGCACCUGGGCCUGCUGGGCCUGGAGGCCGAGUUUGCCACCCACGCCCACAUGCGCGGGCUGUCUGGCGGCCAGAAGGUCAAGGUGGUGCUGGCGGCCUGCACCUGGAACCAGCCCCACAUCCUGGUCAUGGACGAGCCCACCAACUACCUCGACAGGUGCGGCGCCGGACCCGCGGGGGGCGGGGGCGGCGUUCUGGAGUUUGGCGGCGGCGUGGUGAUCAUCUCGCACCACAACGAGUUCACCAGCGCUCUCUGCCCCGAGAAGUGGACCGUCGGCGGCGGCAAGGUGGAGGUGACGGGCGCGCCCCAGGUCAACACGCGCGAAAAGGUUGAGUUUGUGGUGCAGGAGGAGGUGCAGGACGCGUUUGGCAACACCAUCAAGGUCAAGGGGCCCCAGAAGAAGCUCAGCCGCAAGGAGGCCAAGGCCGCCAAGAAGGCGCGCGACGCACGCCGCGCCCGCGGGGAGGACGUCACCGACUCUGAGCCUGAGGACGAGUGA